AUGGAGAAGCUCCACCCGGAGGCCACUGAGGCCUCGCAGUUCCUCAACUCACUGCACGAGUUCCAUCGGCAGCGCGGAACGGACUUCAAAUUUGCGCCGAUUGUUUGCGGUCAAGAACUCGAUCUGCACACACUUUACAAAUCCGUCACCGCAGUUGGAGGUGCAAGCAAGAUCAACGAAAAACCUGAACGAUGGUACGAAAUCUCGCACCAAAUUCGGUUCCCGGACAGAUGUCCGAACGGAACUCUGGUUCUGCGACGGAUGUAUCAAAGGUACCUGAGCACAUACGAGAAAGUGACGUUCCUCGGAGAGGAUCCGGACAUGGAAGUCGAGGAUUCAGGAGAAGUUUCUUCAUCGGCGCUUCGAAAUCGAAACGCGAACCGAGGCGGUGGAGCGAAUUCGAGCGCGGUCGUUGUACAGGUCCCGAUGUCCUACAAUCGGCAACAGCACGACGUUACCGACGGCCAACGGGUCAACUAUGGCUUAUCGACGCAGUUCGCUCCGGCGUCCUCACCUUUUGAGCGAUUGUGUUUCUCCCUACAAUCUGGUCUACCGAACGAAGAAACGUUCGCGUUGAAUGUAUGCACACUCCUGGCGAACGGGGGACGACAUACCAUGCAGCUGAAUAAAGCUCCGCCCAGACUAAUAGACCUCCUCAUCGCCCAAGCAGGCUUAGCCAGCGAUGACGCGACGCUGAAAGACAUGUUGGAAGAAUCCUGGCGAGACUGCGAAGCGAGACGCAUGGAGCGGUUUUGGCAGGAGAACGUUGAUCCUACGGUAGGAAAAUGCUUCGGUUUGAACCCGCUGCCGAAGUACGAGAAGCUGGUCGAGCAACGGAUGCAAGACGACACCAUCGAGCUGAUCGCCGAGGGAGGGUUCAUGGCCUCGAAGGAUGGACUCAUCGACGAAGAUGAUCUUUUCAAUCUGAACAGCGAAGUGAGCCCGCGAGAUGCGGAAGCUCAGCGAGUCCUGAGAAUAGCGUUGAUUCUGCACAACCUGAGCUUCGAAGAAGCCAAUGCGCAAAUUCUCGCACAAAAUCAAGGUUUCCUCCGGAUGAUGAUGUUGAGCUCCCUGAGUCGCUGGGCCAGUCUCCGCCAGGUCGGCUUGGACUGCCUAUCGAACAUCGCUCCCCAUCUACAACUGAACGUGCACGAUGAUCUCUGCUGUCGGAGUCUCUUGAGACUGACCGUCGACGGUAUUCUGAAAUCCGAAGACCGGGGUUUGGUGACGAGAUGCCUUGACAUUCUGGCCCAUCUCGCCCAGUGCGAGAACAAUCAUGGAACUCUCGUCGCCGAGCUUGACGCCACGCUAUUCGAGCGUUUGCUCGAGCUGCUCACGGUGCACGAUGUGUUGCUCAUCAUCCAUAGUCUCGAAACGCUGUUCGCUUUGACCGAAUUGGGCGACGGUAUAUGCGAACGACUCGUCGCAAUCAGGCACGCCAUAGGAAUCAUUGUUUCAAUGUUAUCGCUGGAUCCCAUAUCGUACGGAUCUUCAGCUCAGCGAGGUAUGAAAAUCGUGGAGCACUUCGAUCCUUCGCUGCCACCUGUUGUUAAUCCUAGCGCGACACACAUCCAAAUCCAAACGGUACAAGCCGCCGCAACACCAGUGCAGCAUAUAGUCCGACCAGCCCAACCCAACGCCAGUAUUCAAGCUCAAGUGCCAGCGGGAUCGACGCCGGUCGGCGCGUCGAAUCACGGUUCUGCGGUCGUAGUGAGCCAAGAAGCCACCGUGAGCGAGACGGAAGCCUUGGCCAUCGCGUGGAUUCGUUCUCACUGUGAGCUCACGCCGGGCGCGUCGGUCGGACGUCAGGAGCUCUAUGCCGAUUACGUGACAUUCUGUUCGAAAGCCGGCAAGCGGAGUGUUCUGAGUGGUCAGCACUUCUCGACGUGCAUCAAGAAUCAGUUCCCUCAGUCAUCAUUGAAGGUAACUCAAGUGAGCGGACCCAAUCAACAAGUGGGUCAAGCCUGGCAGUACGACAACCUCAGACGGAGAGCGACUCCUACGCCCGUAACCGUUGCACCUACGAUCACGACCAGUGUAGUCACUCAGGUUUCACGGAAUCUCCAGAAACAAGCGGAACAGGCGACAGCGGGUUCAACGCUGGCAGCCUCGACGCCGAUGGGCACAACAGCAGCCGCGACGAUUAUAACGGCGCCGAUCAGCAAGCCCAAACCCGCCGCAUGUGAAAAUGUGUCGUCGAAGGAAGAAGCUCACGUCAACGGAAUCGAGGAAUCGAACGAUGGAGCACCCGAAGGCCUUGCUGCGAGGGGUAUUCCGCCAGUCAAAGAGACCGGUGGCGUUCCCGCGAAGAGUAAUGGGAACCAUGAAGUCGUCGCGGUGAGCAAGGUGUACAAAUCUUCACCGCUUUUGAAUGGUCUGCUCGACCGGGGAACACCCUCUGUGAAAACGGUCAACGGCGAAAACGUUGACGAGUCGAAGAAAGUCAACGGCGAUGGAGUUACCAUAAUCGAUGUCCGGAAACGGAGACUCACAUUCAGUUCGGACGACUCCAACAGCCAAGAGGAUCACAGCGACAAAAAACAGAUCGCAGGGAAGAUUUCAACGAAGACGACACUGCACAACGGAGUCAGUGAAGAUGCUUUCCCGACGAAUAACAACGAUCAAUCCAAGAGAAUUAAGCUCGACAAAAGCGAUCAGCCUUGUCUGAAGCAAGCCAAUGGCGACUUGAGUGCGACGACGGUGGACGCAGAAAAAGCGGUGGAAGAACCAGUCAAGGGAAAUAGCGACGUCCUCAACGAGCCAGUCGAGACUGAGGACAAAGAAAAAACGUCGACCGACGAAGUCAGGGACGGAGCCAAACAAAGCAGUGACGACGGUAAAACUGUCCCUGAAAAGGACCAAGAAAAGUCGAAGGAAGAGAAACCUGAGAAGGUUCUGAGAUACUAUUGCGAAUGGAGAAACUGCGAAAAAUCAUUUCUACAAACGCGGCAAGUGUUCCUGCAUGCGAUCCACGACCACGUAGGUCUCCGGCCGUCCGCGAGCGCUCCUCCCGGAAACGAAGAAAUGUUUUGUGAAUGGGGCGUCACCGGUGAUAAGAAGUCCUGUGACAACAUGGCCCGCAAACGUUUGUCGCUCUGUACGCACGUCCAGGAACGGCAUUGUAGCGAUAAUCACCUACAGAUCCAAGCAAUCCGGCGGCAACAGAUAAACCAGUUCGGCACGGCGAGCUUACCCGCACCUCAACAGCCGCCGCCGCACCCCGGCUACGCUCCGGAUGCUGCAGUUCACGCAAUUCGGAGACACGCUCACAGCUUCUAUCAGUAUAAGGACGCCGCCGACGAGAAAGAACAUCCCGUGACGAAGAGUGUGCGAUUAACGGCGGCUCUGAUCUUGCGGAAUCUCGCCAAGUACGCGCCUGAAUGCCGGACGCAAUUGGUUCAGUACGAACAUCGGUUAGCGCAGGUGGCGAUGUCGUGUUUGGAAAGCUCGAGAACGAUCGCGCAAUGUCUAGCAGAUAUACAUGGCUCUCAGGACAGUGCGAGCAAGACAUUGGCCUUGAUGGAGCAGAACCAGCUCUUCCAGGAGGAGACUCGGCCUCGAUACACGACCGGAAACGACGUGGCGCAAUCUCACUGAAAAGCUCCGUCAGCCCCAUAAUGGAUCUAAUAUAUCAUCGAGCAGAGAAUCAUCCGAACCAGAGAGGUUCCAUCCGGGAGCGUGGAGUAGCGUACAUAUAUAUAGAUAGAUAGUUAGGUAAAAGAUCGGAAUACAGAACGAAACGAGGCUUCUCCUGCGAGUGGGUGUUAGACUUGAGGGGGAAAUCAGCGAGAGAGAAAGAGACCGAGCGAAACAAUGAUCGUCGCCCUGGUCAUCGUUCUGAGACUCGCGGUUGAGCAACUGCGUGUCGAACUCUGUUUGUAAGUUACGGGCGGGCGUUUGUUUUCCGAACGUUAAUUGGUCCACAGAAUUGUGUGUACAUAGAAUAUACAUAGAGGAAGAGGAGAACAGAGAGAAGAAUGCAAACGAGAGAUAACCGACUCGA